UUUCAUUAACAUCAAUACCACUCAAUUAAGACACUUUUGGUCUCUCUUCCCCUCUUUCUCUCUCUCUCUAUCACUUGGUUAUCAAUUAUACAUGAUCGUCAACUCACACCUCUGAGUUCAGAUCAGAUCACACCACUCACAACUCACAACUCACUCCAAUGGCUGAAAUGGUAACAAUAAUGGUGCUGAAGGUUGAUCUUCAGUGCCCUAGCUGCUACAAGAAGGUCAAGAAAGUACUCUGUAAAUUUCCUCAAAUACGAAACCAGGUAUAUGAUGAAAAGCAAAAUACGGUGACCAUCACUGUAGUAUGCUGCAGCCCGGAGAAGAUUCGUGACAAGUUGUGUUGCAAGGGUGGCAAAGCUAUUAAGAGCAUUGAGAUCAAAGAGCCCGAAAAGCCCAAACCACCCCCCGCAGAAAAGCCCAAACCACCACCCACCGCAGUAAAGCCCAAACCACCGCCUGCAGAAAAGCCCAAACCGCCACCGCCUGCAGAAAAGCCCAUGCCGCCACCGCCUGCAGAAAAGCCCAAACCGCCGCCUGCAGAAAUGCCCAAACCGCCACCGCCUGCAGAAAAGCCCAUGCCGCCACCGCCUGCAGAAAAGCCCAAACCGCCGCCUGCAGAAAAGCCCAAACCGCCACCGCCUGCAGAAAAGCCCAAACCGCCACCGCCUGCAGAAAAGCCCAAACCGCCACCGCCUGCUCCGGCUCCGGUUCCGACUCCGUGUCCUACACCUGGACCGAUAACAGCCUACCCAAUAGGGGUGUGUUGUGGGUCGUGUUAUGACGGGCGGCCUGGGGGCCCAUGUUACGAUGGGUACGGAGGAAGGCCACCACCUCCUCCUCCACCAUGUUAUGAUUUCUAUGGAAGGACAGCAGGAUACUGUGAUGGUUAUGGAAGACCAUGUCGGUGUGACUACUACUUUUGUGAAGAAAAUCCAUCAGCAUGCACAAUCAUGUGAAAAUAGUGGUCAUUGUCGUGCUGUUUUUAAUUCCCUUUUGUUAACACAUCCACUCAGUUUCUUGGUGUUUUUAUA